UUAUUUUUGUUUUUUUUUUAUGAUUCAUACCGGUAGAUCCCACAAUUCUAAUUAAAUUAAUUCAGUUAACCCCCUUAUAUUAAUAUUCUAUGAUUCAGUUCCUUAUUUUGCACACAACAGUUUAAUAUGUGAUAAACGUGUUUUGCUUUAAACUUGGCGUGAUUUUCUGUUUAGUUACUAUCAGUUGAUUAGUUGUUUUUCUACUGCCUUUAGAAAAUACACUUCAUUAGCGGAUUUAUUCUGAAGCACAGGUUUGGUGAAUCCAACAAACCGCCAAGAAUUAAUAAUGUCUGUACCUAAACAAUCUUCAAGCAGUAAUAUUCCUCAACCUACCAAUUCCCUUGAUGCACCUUCAUUCAUAAAACACGAUUCGUUGGAAAAAUUAAAAUGCAUUAAGUGCAACAAGUAUCUUUCCGUAUUUCCAAUUCAUUGCAACCCCAAUGGCGACGCGGUUUGUGGCCGUUGCCCUGUAGAUUCUUCAUCAGAUUUCCACCACUGUAAGAUAUACGAGAACGCAGUGGAAUUUCAAAGGUUCCCUUGCACUUAUCGAGAAAACGGUUGCUUUGAACUUUUGUUACCCAGAAAUUUAAUAAUGCACGAAAACAAAUGUGCUUUUAAAGAACACGAGUGUCCUUUAAAGGAACAGCAGAGCUGCACUUGGCAAGGGUUCCUGAAGGAAUUACUAGAGCAUUUUGAGGACAAUCAUCCUGUUUUUCUAUUGAAAGAAUGUAACUUUGAAAUCGACUUUGUUAAUGUGCACAAAGAGAAUUUCCUGAUGCCAUAUUGUGACGAACUGUUCAUUGUGAGCAGAGAAGGAAACCCUACUGAACAAACUUUCACUGUUAUAGUCACUCACUUAGGUGACGACACUGCAAUUGAGGGUUAUAAUUACGACUUAAUCCUAGAAAGUGGUAACAAGGUUCAUAAUAUGCUUGUCAAAGGGAAGUUUGGUGAGAAAUUAGUGAUGCAACACAGCGACAUUAAGAAAAACUUGAAUGAGCCUAUGAAUAUUGUGGCUUCUAUUAUUUUAAAAGAAGGGCCUCAUGAUACAAAACUUAUAAUGAAAUCCUCACAUGACAACCUUGAUUUAGAACAACUAAAAAUUGUGGAAUGUCCUGUUUGCCUUGAAUACAUGCUUCCGCCAAUUUACCAGUGCAUCAUCGGGCAUAGCAUUUGCAAAAAAUGCAAAGAGAAUCAACCGCAAUGCCCCACAUGCAAAUCGGAAUUCGCAAAAACCCAAAACUUCACCCUGGAAAGCAUGAUUCUCAAUUCGUUAACGUACCCUUGCAAAUAUGAAGGGUGUGAGUUUCAAAGUAAAGCACGCGAUAUUAGAAGGCAUCAAGCGACAUGCGACUUUGGACCAUUCACGUGUCCUCUAAAGAACUACGAAGCAUGCUCAGCUGUUUUUCCUGUACAUCAACUUGACCAUCAUAUGAACCUCAAGCAUGUUGAAAGCAUUCUUGAGAGUGACAUUGUUAGUAUUCCAUUCGAUAGUGCUUGUCAAGAAGAUAUUCAUGUAUGCUACGUAAUAAAGCGCAAAAAUCGAUUUUUUAGACUUCGUUUUCAUUACAAAUCUCAAGAAGGUGUUUGCUUGUGGUCCGUUCAGCUUAUAGGGCCUUGUGAGGAGUGUGAAAAAUAUAAUUUCGAAAUUGAAAUUAUUGAUGCUAAUAAUAAUAGGAAGGAUCAACGUUUGUAUACCAAGAGAAGUUGUUUUCCAUUGGAGGAACAUGAUGAGUUGAACCUGAAGGUGGAUCACAGUGUUGCAUUUUUUAAUUGUCAACUACUUCCGUUUAUCAAUUUGCAUAAUAAUCGUCUUAUGUAUAGAGUAUUAGUUAGUGAUAAGUUAUAAUAUGGUGUAUACAUAAGCUUCUGCCAUAUUAGUAAGCAUAAGAUGUUAAGUUAUAUUCUUUAAUACACACCCUAUUGAAUAGUA